AUGCUGAGAAUGGCUCGAGCUUGGAUGUUGUUGCUGCUCCUCGUGGGCUUGAUCUUGCCCGUAUUGGCAGAAGAGCCCGCUGCACCUGUGGAAACUCCAGGCAUUCCUAUCUUGAACCAGACAUUACCUAACCGACUGCUAAACGUGGGCAAGUCGUACUUGACUGGAAAGCGAAUCACCGUCGACUAUGUCCAACGGAGAAUGGACGAUGAAGAAGCUGGAGUCGUCAGACUGACUGAUAGCAACUACAAGGAGAUCGUGGAGGAUGGCGAUAAAGAGGACAUUUACGUUGCCAUCUUGCACGGCGACAUGACUCACCGAAACUCGCCCAAAUACUUUGAUGCGCACCACGACGCCGUCAAGCUCUACACAGAAGCUAUAAAGGAGAAGAAGGAAUUUAAAGCCGCCGACGCCGAGGACAAAGCGACAGAAUUGACCAAGGACGAAAAAGCAUUGCUUAAACAUGUGAAAUGGGCUCGAAUCGACUAUGUUGACGAAUGGAAACUGUGUGCCAGAUGGCAGAUCUUCAGACCACCAUACCUCGUCAUUAUAACCGACGGGGGUGAAAACCUUCGAUUCUUCUCGGCUCGUCAAUUCCCAGCCAAGGGUGAAGUCAUUCUCAACUACAUCAAAUCGGGCCAAUGGAAGGAGAUACCUCCGUGGAAGGGCAUGUUCGGACCAGGCGGUAGACUGUCGUUCUUCGUUGACCUGUACAUUAAACCACAGGAACGACUCGCUGAGCGAUUUGGAAACAUUCCACCUAUCGUUUGGAUGCUCGUCUUUGGAUGGAUGACCAGAGAAUUGACAACUAUCACCACCCAAUGGUUCAACAACCGAGAAGCUCGUCGGGCAGCUGCUCCUAAACCCACGGACAACAAGAAGAGUAGAGAAAAGAUGGAAGCGGCUUUGAAGGAACUGAGAGCGAAGCGAGCAGCAGAGGAGGCAGCGUCGGGUUCCUCUGCUGCGUCGGGUUCAAAAAAGGAAAACAAGAAGCGAAAGUAG